AUGCCGUCGUCGGACACAUCAUCCGAUAGUUGGUCUGAUAGCGACACGGACGAGUCUUUGUCUUCAACUUCGCUGGCGAACGAACACCCUUCUUCCUCGGAGGGUAUACCCUCCUGCCAUAGCAGUGUGUCUUCGGACGAAGAAGUUGGUUCAACGGCAGAAGUAGAGGAGGAGGAUGCAAGCCCUCGUGAAAGUCUGCGAAAGUGGGCUUUACGAUCAAAAAUUCCGCAUUCUCACUUGAACAAUCUGCUGAAGGCCUUGAAACCGUGGUUGCCGGACCUCCCUGCUGACGCACGAACGCUGUUGGGCGCGAAAUACGUCUCUGCACCGAGCACGGCAAUGGUCAGCGGUGAGUAUAUGCAUUUGGGUCUUGCCACUCAGGUCAACGCGCAUUUGCGUAAACUACCUUUGCCCACCUCGGUAGAAGAAGUAGUUGUAAGUCUAGCAAUAGAUGGUCUUCCAAUCCACAGGAAGACGAAGCGUGGAUUUUGGCCUAUUUUAGGCAGAAUUAGGAAGCCAAUAUUAAGUAAGGUUUUCACAGUAGGUAUAUACUGUGGAGUUGGUAAGCCUUCGGACGUGCAGGCGUUCUGCAAACCGCUGGUCGACGAUUUAUUGUCGUUGAAUGAACACGGUUUGCGGCUGGAUGCCGGUGACAGAACUCUGCGCUUCCGUUUGGCUUCCGUCAUAUGUGAUGCCCCGGCUAGAGCUUUUAUUCAGCAGAUUAAGAAUGUGAAUGCUUACUAUGGGUGCGAACGAUGCUGCGUUAAAGGAGAGUACGUUGAUAAGAUAGUUUAUGAUAGUGUCUCCGAACAUGCUAGGACAGAUGAAGAUUUUCAUUCCAGGGACGAUGACUGUCACCGCAUUGGCGUGUCGCCAUUGCUGGUGUGUAACGUGGGAAUGGUAAGCUCCUUCCCCUUAGAUCCUUUACAUUUGGUGUACCUAGGUGUAAUGAGAAGACUUCUUAACCUUUGGCUGCGCAGCCCUAGGGACAGAGCAUAUAGGUUGUCAACAUCGGAUGUAUCGACUAUAAAUACGAACUUGCGCGCGUUGAACUCGUACCUGCCGAGGGAAUUUUCGCAGCGCGCUAGGUCAUUAAAUGACAUGGACUCUUGGAAGGGCACAGAACUGCGCCAAUUCUUGUUGUACACUGGCGUAGUUGUUCUUCCAGGUGUGCUUCCACGUAAGUAUUGGAAGCACUUCUUACUACUUUUCACAGCAGUACGCUGUCUAGUGCGGCCUCGAUCAUGCAGACAGUGGGUGCCGUUUUGCAGCCGUAUAUUACGUAUGUUUGUAGAUAAAUUUUCGUCUUUGUACGGUAAGAACGAAAUGGUGUACAAUGUUCACAGCAUUGUGCACUUGGCGGACGAUGUAACACGACAUGGUCCGUUGGACGCUUUUUCAUCGUUCCCUUUCGAAAGUUACCUAGGCAGUUUAAAGCGUCUGCUUAGGAAGCCAUCCCAGCCACUGCAACAAGUAGUGCGCACGCCAAAGCGAAAGCGACGGCGACGUGACUACUCACACUCAGAACGUAAACAUAGUAAACAAAAGCAGAGGUCGGUGUGGACAAUUAAAGGGAUCAAAAAAAUUUUCCAAGAAAUGAGGGAAUUGAGAGGAGAAGUGGCGGCCCUUCGUGAGGAAGUUCAUUGCCAGAAGGCAUCCAACUUCAUGCCGUCAGCCGUAGAGACGCCCAUUGUGCAACGAGUUAGCACUUUGGGCGGUUACGACGACCUGACGACAGGAGUGUCCGAUGCGACUUACCGGCGAAAUUUGGUAAACAGUGUUUGUUAUUAAUAAUAAACGGAUUCAGGUUGCCUACCUCUCGGCAAUGGGGGGUGACACAGUUACCGCCUUUGCAGAACGAUUAUUUUUCACCCCUUUCUCAGAGGACGUGGCCCAGUUUCUCACUUUUUACGGUAGAAAGGCUGGUACACGGGCCUUCUUUGACAGUCCAGUGUAUUCCGUGAUCCUGGGUAGGAUUUGCAAUUAGACCAAAUAAGCAUUCACAUUCUAGAGGUAUUCAACGGCUGGAAUAAAGACCACCGGUCGGACCGACAGCAAUUAGAAAAUGCAUUCAAAAAUGCAUAUAAGAAGGGGCACGACCGCUAUCAAAGGAAGUGCCAAAGGGCUUCCGCCAGUAGGCAAUCACAAGGUACGUGUUAAUAUAUUGCUGCUUUUAUUAUGUAACAAGAUUCUUACUAUGUUUACUUACCACUGCGAAAUCUUUCCCUUUUAGAGCCGUCGACAAUUAUCGAAGAUCCCGCCAAUUACAACGGGGAGGGACAGGCUUAA